AUGAAUAUGAAAACUGAGGAAGAUAAACAAUCUUCUCCUGUCCUCGAUGUGGUCGAAAGUCCUCGGAAGAGGAUGCGCCUGGAUAAUUCUGCCCGAAAAUCAUGGAGUUUAAUGGAUCGCAGGACUGAUGUAGAAGUAUUACAAGAAAUGGGUGUAAGUCUGUUAGAGCCAGAUGACAGUGAAAACAUUUUUGAAACCACAAAUAUUAUGCACAAAACAUCACUGAAACGUAAACAUGAUAUAGAGAAUGUGAAUCCCAACAUAACAGUUAGCAUAAGUCCGUCAAACCGCAAAUGCAGUCCAGGUCCAUCCAAAAAGAGCCCGAGAAGCUGUGAUAAAACCAAACCUCUGCAACCAUUGGAACAAACAGAGAAGACCUACCCGGUAGACGAAGAGACCCCGCUGGCGCAGUCCGUCAGCGCGCAGUACAAGCCCUGCGCCGACCCGCGGCGUCGCUCCGACACUAGAGACAUCUCUAUCACCGAAGAGCAGUGCACCCUGAUAGUCCCAACCACAACAGAAGACUCGUUCUCGUUACUGCCGGACGAGGUGCUACUUGGGGUGCUCCGUUGGCUGCCUAAAAGAGCAUUGGCACACUGUGCCUUACUUAGUAAACGGUUUUACAGACUGGCCUGCGACGAGACCCUCUGGCAGAGGCUAGACCUAGGCAAUAAGACACUAUCUAAAGACGCGUUAGGGAAAAUUCUAGACCGAAAACCAGUCAUAGUGAGACUUGCCAGCUCUGAGAUAGGUGAUUGGAAUCCCACAACACCACCAAUACAGUCUCGUAUCCAGUAUCUAGAUCUGAGCAUGUGCUCGAUAUCCUCAGACACACUCUGCCACUUGCUCAGCAGAUGCUCAGGACUCAAAAAACUCAGUUUGGAGAGUGUCAAAUUAUGUGAACUGAGUCAGAACUUACUUGGCAAAUGCUCAAAUCUAGAAACAUUAAACUUAGCAAUGGCUCGUGGUAUCACCACUGAAGGACUGACCGCCAUAUUGAAGGGUUGUACCAGCCUCCAAUCCCUGAACAUCUCCUGGUGCAACCUGUCGGAGGCCUCACUCCAAGUGCUAGUGACGUCCCUCCCCACCAAUCUGCAGAGACUGAACAUAAGCGGUGCGAGAGCUCUCACAGAUGACAUGGUGGCCACGCUGGCGGCGCGCUGCCCGCGCCUGCUGGAGCUGGACGCGUCGGACUGCGCGCUGCUGGCCGCGCGCGCGCUGCGCCCGCUCGCCGCGCUGCGCCGCCUCGAGCACCUCGCGCUCUCGCGCUGCUACCUGCUGCCCCCGCAUGCACUCGCCAAGCUGUCGUGCCUGCCGGCGCUGCAGUACCUGGAGGUGUGGGGAACUCUGCAGGCGCCCUCGCUGGCCGCGCUGCGGGCCGCGCUGCCGGCCAUACAACUCAAUCAUUUUAUGUUCAGCGCCAUCGCGCGGCCCACGGUGGGCGCGAGGCGGACAUCUGUAUGGGGGUUACGGACGAGAGAC